UCUCCCUCGGCUCUUCCCACUUCUCAUUUCCGGCUGCUCUGCUGUCUCAAUUUCUUGAUUUCUUUGUAUUUUCUUGGACGAAUUAUUCGUGGUAGUUUUUGGGGGGAUUAGGUCCGAGAGAUAGAGUUUUGAUUUGACUCAACACAGGAUAAUUUUUCUUUAAGCUUAGCCGGCAAAAUCUCUGGCUUAGUAGAUAAACUAUGCUAUUGACUUUGAGGUGUCGCCUACUCAAUCCCCAACUCUCGAAACUGUUCCGGUCCCUUCCUCAUCCUCACAAAUCCCAUCCAUCUUCACUGACAUUUGGGGCCUCCAUUUCUCAACAACCGAAUUGCCCCUAUGCCUCUGCUGCAAAAGGCCAAAGACCUGCUGCACUAUCUGAGUCAGCCAAGUUUGUGCGGACUGUCCUUUUUGUGCCUCCCGGAGUUAACCCAGAUGAUGUUACCGAUGAUAUGAUCCUACCCGGUUCAAAUAUUGUUCUCGGACCCUAUGCUGGUGACGCUAAAGUUAAAGAUGUUGACUUUGUGAAGAGUAGUAACCGGCCAAAGGACUGUCCGAAAGAUGACCGACCCGAGUUUGCCAUGUUGGGUCGGUCCAAUGUUGGCAAGUCUUCGCUUAUUAACUUUUUGGUCCGUAAAAAGGAGGUUGCUCUCACUUCUAAAAGACCAGGGAAGACUCAGUUGAUUAAUCAUUUCUUGGUGAACAAAAGUUGGUACAUUGUGGAUUUGCCUGGUUAUGGUUUUGCUAAUGCCCCAGAAUCUGCUAGAAUGGAUUGGUCCUCGUUCACAAAAGGCUACUUUUUGAAUCGAGAAACUCUUGUCUCUGUCCUGCUUUUAAUAGAUGCAAGCGUUCCACCUCAGAAGAUUGACCUUGAUUGUGCUAAUUGGCUUGGUCGGAACAACAUCUCCAUGACUUUUGUUUUUACGAAGUGUGACAAAAUGAAAGGAGGCAAAGGAAGGCGGCCUGAUGAGAACAUCCGAAAUUUUCUAGAGUUGAUGAAAGAGAACUAUCGGCAACAUCCUCCAUGGAUCAUGACUAGCAGCAUUACAGGGUUGGGCAGAGAUGAACUUCUUUUGCACAUGUCACAGCUUAGAAAUUAUUGGGACAGUGAAGAGACUAAUUAGAAUGUCAGAAGGAUGUAGCAAUGAAGGUAAGCUAUAGUCGCCAUGAAUUUUAAUUUUUUGGCACGUCCAAGAUGUCCUGAGCCUGUAGAAAGUAGACAACUGAAUUUUCACAUAGCUGCUUCUUGGUGUAUGAUAAGUUUUUGUAUCAGAUUUUGUUGACCAAAUGCAUAUACCCACAACAUAAGCCUCAGCAUUGGAUCUAGGCCAUUGUUACUAGUGUGAUAUCGUCUUGUAUAAUCUUAUCGGCUCUUUUACAGCCUAUAAGCAUUUCUCAUAGAUAAUGACAAAAUUUAGAAAACAUAGAGAUAUGUUUGAACUUAUUUUGUGCACAAGCAAAUUUGUUAUAUAUGCUUGCAAGUAAAUAUUA